CGGUAUUGGCUGAUUUGCGCAGUGCGCGCAACUUCCUUUCGGCGCAGCCAACUAUCGAUCGGACUGCGCAAAUGACAUAGACUUUAAAUACUAACUACUUGAAAUAUUAUAAUAUAGUUCUACAUUUGACUAGUCCAUUAUCCUACAUUCGACAUGGCCGUCUUCAUGAUAAACAUCUGUAAAUUUAAUGGCUGCGGCAUAACAUUUCCACGACUAGCGGAUUUAAUUGAACACAUCGAAGACGUUCAUAUCGAUUACGAUCCAGCAGUCGUUGAGCAAAAAGAAGCUUCGCAGCCAGCAUGUAUUCCGCUAAGUUAUGUUUUAAAAUUUUUCACUGAAGCCUCGAGGCGGGAAAUUCAAAAUAUGCCAGCAGCGGCCGACGUGCGCCGGCGCUUGCUUUCUGCGCCCAAAACGCCCUCGGUCCGAAGCAGUACACCUACAGGGAGCGAGAUGGAUGAAGACGAUCUUAUGAGCCCUUCAGAAGACAGUAACGACUCUUGGACAACAGUCGAAGAAUACAGCUCUGAGUUUAUUCUGCGGUAUGGGGUGAAAAUGAACGCAAACGCAUCAUCAGGAGCCCUAGGUCCCGCAGCACAGGAGAAGCCCUUCGCGUGCCCAGUUCCAGGUUGCAAGAAAAGAUAUAAAAACGUAAACGGCAUUAAAUAUCACUCAAAGAAUGGACACAAAAAGGAUGGCAAGGUAAAAAAGGCUUACAAGUGCCAAUGCGGCAAAAGCUACAAAACAGCGCAAGGGCUUAAAAGUCACUCGAUAUCACAACACAUUGUAUCAGCUCCGAGCGAGGCUCGUGCCAACGCGCCCAAAAUGCCGAACCUCGUAGUGACCGCCUCGCCCGGCUCCCGGCCCCCUCCCACCCAAUCCCUGGACAACAUAGAUGCAACGAAACUUGUCCGCAUCUACGACACCAUCAAAACCAAAGAUCUCUCCUCCUUCACUAUCCCCAAACAUAACCUGACUCACCUGAACAUCAUUGCGGCGAACCAAGGCCAAGGCUUACGACAUUCAGUCUUGCUGACUCCGAACUCGUCACCCGUCACAAAUCUCGAUAAAAUCAAGUACGACAGAUCGCCCAAGGUGACUGUGACACAGGAAACGUAUGAAGUUUCUGGUUUAUCUAUGCCGAGCGAUCGUAGAGGCUGAGUAGAGUGUGCAUUAGUUUAAAUCACGCAGUUCCUAUAUGAAAAAUGAAAAAAAAAAUUCUCAUUUUUUUUAAGUUGUUUAUUGAAGGUGGUGAUAUAACCUUGAAAGUUAUUUUAAUUAUUUAUUAUGUUCACAUUAUUUUAAAUAAGUCUAGUCAAAUUACUUUGAAUUUGGGAUUUGUUGCUUUACUAUAAUUACCCGAUCGGAUAUUAAAUAAAAAUAAUGACGUUAUUAAUUCGUUUUUAAAACAAAUGAUAUAUUCUAUCAUGU